CCCUCGACUCGCAAGCAUCUGUGCAACUCUUCUCAUCACGACUGUCGGUCGAAUCAUGAGAAUACAGAUGUGGUGGUGCCAAGGACCUCGCCCACCCGACUACAACAACAUAACCCCUUGCAAACGCUGCUACUACUAUAUUGCUACGAUUGCAGUAUCUGAACAUCCAAGAAUUUCGGAAUCAAGGGCUUAGUAGGAUUUCUCUCGUGUGGUGGGCUUAGUUACCCGUUUAGAACAACCGUAAUGUAUUGCAUGUGUCAUUGGGCCUAGUGGUACUUAGUUGUAAGGAGGGAAUUACUUGGCUUUUCCGGGCUGGUUGUCGCCAGUCUAUUCCCUGGUGUAUUGUGUUGUGACAUUUGUUAUUGCCAAUACACUACACACGAUGCUGCCCAUUCUCGUACUUCCCUUGUUGAUAAUAGCGCUUUCCACGGGUCCUCUCGUAUACCUUCUCUUCCUAUUUUCCCGUCCGACCUCGGCAUUUCGCAGUUCAUUUAUUCCUCUACCUCUCCGACCGCCUUUAAAGCAAUUCAAUCGACUCUCUGUCCUUCUUGUCACAGCCCACCCAGAUGACGAGUGCAUGUUUUUCGGACCAACGAUAGUGCAAUUGAUUGAGCAUGGUGCUGAGGUUUCCGUAUUAUGUUUGUCUUCAGGGAACGCGGAUGGGAUAGGCGCUGUACGAAAAAAGGAACUUCUGGAGAGUUGCAAAAAGUUGGGAAUACAUUCAUCCAACGUGACUUGCUUAGACCACCCACAGUUGCAAGAUGACCCGAAAGCUUGGUGGAAGGCAUCGGUGAUAGCAGAGGUCCUCGAUGCACACAUUGGAGAGCGUAAAGUAGAUGUGGCCAUCACCUUUGAUAAUGGAGGGAUUUCAGGUCAUCCAAAUCAUAGAGCUCUAUUUGAAGGCAUUCGGUACUUUCUCAAUCUGCCUGCGUCGUCUUCUACAUCUCCGCGUCGUCAAAUACCGCAUUGCUAUGCCCUCAAGACUGUUUCUUUGCUUCGGAAAUACUUGUUCAUAGGGGAUCUCGGUUUGACGAUUGUACCACAUUUGCUGUUUCGCGCGCGGGAUGGCAAGAAGAGCCACUCGGCAGUGUUUGUAGCGACUCCUCAGCAGUUUUUUCAAGCAAGAACAGCGAUGACGCGACAUAAAAGCCAAUUAGUCUGGUUCAGAUACCUGUACAUUUUAUUCUCUAGAUACAUGAUUGUAAAUGAACUGGACAGAAUAUAGUACACUGUCUUUAACAUC